ACUCGCAAGUAAGGUUUUGACUGGCGCUCUCCACCACGCGCAAGGGUUUAACUCUCCGUCCUCUGUCGCUAUCUCUGUGCCAAGGUUCCGUUACAAAUGGACAAAUCUUGGAUUUCCAAGCUACAAAAUACAAAUGAUUUCAAAAUUAGUUUGAGUAGAAUGUUAGAUUUUUCUGUUAAGAAUAGUGUUGUUGGAUUCAUAAAAACAGGCGAUGUUUUGUGUCCUGAUUUGAUCAGUGACCUUCCUGAAUGCAUUAUAGAAAGCAUUCUGAUAAAACUUCCUAUAAGAGAUGCUUUGAGAACAAGUAUUUUGUCAAGCAAGUGGAAGCACAAAUGGUCUUCCAUUACUCAUCUUGUUUUUGAUGAAAAAAGUGUCCCUAUCUGUUACGAUCAACAAGCUCUUCAGGAAAGUGUUGUCAAGUUUAUCUCCAGGGUGUUAUUUCUUCACCAAGGGCCAGUUCAUAAGUUCGAAAUUACGCAUUUUUUCUUGCAGAGCUGCCCUGAAAUAGAUCAGUGGAUUCUUUUCCUUUCGAGGAAAGAUAUUCAAGAUUUGACUCUUGAAUUAGGAAAUGAUGAAUAUUUUAGAAUGCCUUCCUGCCUUUUCACUUGUCAGAAAUUGACAAGAUUGAACCUCUCGUGCUGUGAGUUGGAUCUUCCUCAUAGUUUUAAGGGAUUUCCGUGUUUAAACAGCCUCAGUUUUAAUCGUGUUUUCACACCCCCUGAAGCGAUUGAGAGACUCAUUUCAAGUUGCCCUCGGUUGGAGAAAUUUUCACUUAUAUGGUGUGAUAGUCUAGCUCUUACUAUCCGUGCUCCGCAGCUCAAGUACCUGUUUCUCAAAGGUGAAUUCAAGGACCUUUGUCUAGUAGAUACGCCACUUUUGGUUGAAUUAUCUGUUUCUAUGUAUAUGACUCAUGACCUUGCCGAGCAUGUCAAACUAAGUUCAAAUUGCAAUUUUGUUAAGUUUCUUGGCAGUGUGCCUAAUCUUGAGAGAUUUGAUAGCUUUAUGGACUUCACAAAGUAUUUGAGCAUAGGUAAUCAUGAUCUAAGACAUCUUGCAAUAAUGUUUAACAAUUUGGAGAGGAUUCAAAUGGCUCCAGUAAAUUUUUUGGAUAUGAAAGAGAGACGCACAGUCCUUCGCUUGAUUACAAGCUCUCCCAACCUAAAGAAGCUUGGCAUUUCAGGUUCAUCAGACAUAGCAGCUUCCACAUCCACAGAAGAUUUGGAUUUUUGGAAAAAUGAAUGCCCCUCAGAUUCUGUACUUAGCAAACUUAAAUUUGUGGAUUUGGAAGACAUGAGUGGUGUGCUACAUGAGAUUGAAUUUAUCAAAUUUUUGCUUGGCUGUUCACCUGUCCUCGAGACAAUGAUUAUCAUUCCUAGUAUACUAGAUAAGGAAUGCCAAUUAAAGAUGUUGAUUGAAUUGAUGAAAUUUCCAAGAGCUUCUUCUAAAGCAGGAAUUAAUUUCAUCCGCAGCAACUAUCCAAUCAUUUUAUCUCCAAGUUCGAUCGAUUAGGGAGGAUACCUUCUACCGGUAUGCCAAAUUUCUUUCCACAGUCUAUUCAAUUGGAUACUAUGAGUCCUAGGCGGCUGCUUUGGCUUAUCAUUUUUCGAGCUUAUAGUGGAUAUGACUAAAAUAGAUGUGUUUGGUAAUAGGUUUUUCUCACGAGUUUACAGCAUUUUUUGAUAUGCUACUUUAAGUAGCGCUUCAGCUUUUAUAGCUUAUAAUUUUAUUUCUCAAUUUUACCU